ACAGACAGAAAGAAGGACCUCAGUAAGAUGAAGAGUUUACUGAACAUCCUGACGGAUCCGAACACCAGGUGUCCUCUGAGGACGCUUCAGAAAUGUGAAAUCGCUUUAGAGAAGCUGAAGAACGACAUGGCCGUGCCGACCCCCCCUCCGCCCCCUGUGGCCACCAAGCAGCAAUACCUGUGUCAGCCGCUGCUCGACGCCGUCAUGGCCAACAUCCGCUCUCCGGUCUUCAACCACUCGCUGUACAGAACCUUCGCCCCCGCCAUGACCGCCAUCCACGGACCCCACAUUGUGGGCCCCAACAUCUGCGGUCGGAAAAGGAAACACGAGGACGAGGAGCGGCAGACCAUCCCCAACAUCCUGCAGGGGGAGGUGGCGCGCCUUGACGUUAAGUUCCUGGUCAACCUGGAUCCUUCGUACUGCAGCAACAACGGCACGGUGCAUCUCGUCUGCAAACUGGAUGAUAAAAACCUGCCCAGCGUGCCCCCCCUGCAGCUCAGUGUUCCUGCUGAUUAUCCCGAGCAGAGUCCGCACUGGGCCGACGACGGCGAGUUGUACGGUGAGACGACCGCUUCCUCAGGCUUUUACAUCCAACUUCCUUUUUCUGAAACGCGUCUAUAUUUGUGAUGAUUAAUAAAACGC